AGAAAAAUGCACAUUUCUCGCUAUCGUGGACAUGCAGCUUUGUUGGUGAGACGACCGGAGUCAUCUUUGCCGGGGGGUGUUAUUGUUACACCCAUUGAAGCACCGACAGAUCCGUCAUUAUAAAUAAACUCUCGAAGAUGACCGUAGACAGCAACUCUUGAUCUCAUACUCAUGCUUAUUAUCAUACUCAUACUCAUACUCAUCGAAGUUACGUUAGGGUAACAAAAAAGCAAGUAAAAACAUGCCAGAAGAUCCCGGAGGCGUGCGUCCUGGAGGUGCUGACCUUGGUGCAAACAACACCAACAGGGUCGCCUCAAAUGGUGGUGAUGUUAAGGCUACCGCCAAAGCAUCCUCAACGUCAUCCUUGGUCCUCUUUCUACUUGGAAGAGAAGCCCGGGAUGGCCUGACAGAUGCGAAAGCGGUAGCUCUAAUGCUGGUGCAAAUCCCAUCACUACGAGUGCUACGAAGAUUGUAGGUGGUCUCAACGUUCCACAUCGGUGUAUAAGUCAGGAUCGAGCAAAGGAGCCAGUGUCAACUGCGACAAACCUUUUGGCAGGAGGUCGUGGAAUUUUGGCUGUCGAUGAGCCACCUUUCAGGAUGGAACAACGACUGGGAGCUGUUGGGGUAUUUGGGUUUUCGUUACUUUUUGAAUUUGAUUUUGAAUGAAAGGAAUUGAAUAUUCUACAGUGAGCUGAUAGUUGUUAUCUAUACCUAUACCUUUGGGAUCAUUUUUUGGCGGUCGUUGUAAUUGACCUUCUGGUGAUGUUUCAAAACCAUCCAUAAUCGAUUCCACCGAUGACUUCCGACGCUCAAUUACACUCACUUCGCAGGUAACCAACACUCCCGAGAACCGACUUGCUUGGAGAGAGACGAUGUUUAGAACUCCGGAACUGGGACAGUAUAUUUCAGGCGUAAUCCUACACGAAGAGACAUUGUAUCAAGAGAUAGACGGUCCGCCGAUACCGACUUUUCUCCGGGAGAGGGCUUCGAUUAUAAUAUGGCAACGUGUUUAUCCUUAAAAUACGAGGUGUAUGCUUGGUAUUUAUCCUUAAGUUGCAACAAGUUACAACAAGUAGAGGUAUUACUUAGUAUCUAUUAAUAGUACAUAGGUUCAUUUGCACUCGAACAAUUCGUAUUCGUGUCUAGUGAACUCAAUCAUCUUGUUUGCUGGUAGUGGUCGCUAUGUAUCGCACACUUGACAGACAGACCUCUCUCUAUACGACCUGUACUUCUACAACGAUCACGAAUCAUACUUCUCUAAACCACUUUCGCUGUUUUCCAGGCUUAGCUAGCUAUGCAUGCACGACUCUUCCACCACGUACCGUGCAAUAAUUGUGAUCUUCCUGCUCUAAUCUGCACAAGCUGCUGGCUUAGUGCCCAUUGUCGAACCUGAAGUGAUCCCUGAUGGCGCGCAUUGUUAAGGGUUGAAACAUUUCAUUUCUAGAAGUCAUUUUUCACUGUUUCCACCUUGAGAAAGUGAGAAAAUGAAGGCAACAAAUGAAUUGCCUCAACCUCUAACCUAGCACUGUCUGAAGCGGGGAAGGAGGCACUUUUCAUGUAAUCCAUCUUUUAGCCCGUCUAUGAGCAGCUGUUUUCAAGAACUUAGAAGAAUGGAAGGAGAUUAGGAAAAACGUGGUGGUUCAGGUUCUAACAGAGGAUAAGUAAGGAAGGAGAUUAGGAAAAUAAAACGUGGUGGUUCAGGUUCUAACAGAUGAUCCGAGAAUAUGCAGCACAAACGAGAAUGAUUCGCUCUGGUGACGGCGGCUGCGAGGAGCUGAUGAAUUUAGUCUUGCUCUUAGAUGGCCAGUCUCAUGACGAGAUCGACCGCAUGGGGCCCUACGAACUGAAGCAGGCGCGCAGAACUGCAAUGGAUCGACAGCUCUCCAGAGCCCAGGUGCUAGCAUGUACUUGCGUUGGUGCGGGGGCAGGACAUCUCGAUGGACCCGGCUACGAUCUUGUUUUCAUCGACGAAGCAAGUUAAGGCUUUUCCUAAUCCAUCUCUGUAGAGAGCCCGCAAGCGUAGGCAUCCGAAUACAAGGGAGCAGAUAGCUAGCAGGCACAUUUUUGCAGGAUCCCUACAGAUGCUACGAAGUGGGAGAUGCUCUAAGCAAGUCAGGUGACGGAGCCCUCGGCGCUCGUCGCACUGCAGAGAGCAGGCAAAGACGUUAAGCAGGUAGUUAUGCUGGGAGAUCAUAAGCAAUUGCCACCUACAGUUUUCUGCGAUGAGGAGGCGCUUAGCGUUAGUCUCUUUGAGCGACUGAUAGACGAGGGAGUGGAGCCGGUCACGCUAGUGGAGCAAUGGCGCAUGCAUUCUCAGAUUGCAAAGUUUCCGAGCCAAGCCUUUUAUCAUGGAUGGCUUCUGAACGCUACAGACGACAAUAAAUUGCAAUCGAUUGGAGCGACCAAGAGUAACGUAGAAUUGGUCCACGUUGCACCCUUACAGCAGCAAGGAAACGAGACAAAACGAGGCCCCUCAGCCUGCAACGAGCAAGAAGCGGCUCGUUUAGUGGAAUACUUGAGUUAAGGCUCCUCUGGAUAUUUCAUGAUCUUGUUGAUCUCUAAGACGUAUUAGCAUUCGCCUCGGUUUCCCUUUUGGAGCCCUUUGAGACUAUGAGGGAGUUCAACAAAACAAGAUGAAUUAAGUACGACCUUCAGCGCUAAUUUUGGAAUCUGGAAGUGGCCUCGCCCAAAAAUGCCUACGCUGAGACACCAGCCUCGAUUGGAAUUUUAACGCCUUAUCUAGCGCAAAAGCAGGAGAUUGAAGACUUGCUUCGCCGAGACAGGUCGCUUAGCCGCUUGAACUUACGGCUACUACUUACAGAUAAUUCAUCUUUGACAGGGUCAACAACAACAGCAUCUUUGAAAAGUAUUACAGUAGUAAAUGGUCUAUUCCCCUGAUAGAUAUAGUACUGCAGAAAGUCAAAGUGUAGAAAUCAACAUCUACACCAGUGAAACCCUAGAGGGACAAUCCCAUGAAACCCUAGAGGAGCAAUCACUGAAUGGCGAACCCGGACAGCUGCUCUAAUGAAUAUCGAAGUCGACACGAUUGAUGGUUUCCAAGGGAUGGAGAAAGACUUGAUCCUUUUUUCGGCCACUAGAUCCAACCCCCAUGGAAGCGUGGGCUUUUUAGCAGAUCCGAGGCGAAUGAAUGUAAUGCUGACACGUGCGAAAAAAUCCCUCGUGAUUUUCGCUGAUGGUACAACCCUGGAAAAAUCGGGGUCGCCCUAUUGGGAAGCCUGGCUGAAGUGGGCUCGCCAGAACGCUGCAAUUACCGGGGACGACUUUCCGGAGAGUAGAAGAAGCGAGCAGAACAAGGAUUUUGAAGAUACAGGAACUAGUGGAGGCUCAACAUGGCGAAGGCGCGUGGAUUCUAGUAAUCAGUCGCAGAAGCGCUUGGCUCAGGAUUCUAGUGGCGUGCACCCUCACCCCCGGAGUUCCUACAAAUAUCUGCGUAAAGAUAAAGGGCAUUUAGAGGCGCGCAACUAUUUGUAG